AUGUUUUGGGAAAAUACAGCUCAAAUACUUGGCGCAUAUGCAGUUGAACCUAGGCCAACAGACCGAUUCCAGGUGGACGCGCCCGCCUCGGAACCUAAACCCAAAAGAAACAAGACAAUUGUCAUUACUGGACCGAAAAUUGUCUUCUAUGGCACCACCCUUGAACUAGUGUGCAGGGCUACCUUCCCUACAGACGAGGCGAAAUUAAAUCCACAAAUAACACUGGAAUGGUACCACCGUGGGGUGAGGCGUCGACCAAGCCUGUCGCGAUCUGGUGGUGUGUACAUCACAGAACGUUGGUUGGACUCCCAUUUGCUCGAGAGUCGCUUACUCGUUGCAUGGGCUAGCGAGGCAGAUGCAGGUCAAUGGAUAUGUUUAGACAGGUCAAACAUGCACCCCAAACAUGAUGGGCUUCUUCUUACUGCUCAGCAAACACGUAAACAACACACCGGUUUAUCUGGAGAAAUCAACUUAACACCAAUGCACAGUCUACCUCAACCUAUUCCCGUGGAAGAUACGAGUGACCACGGCAUACACAAUCAGUUGGCUUUCGACCGGAUAGAGGUAGAGAUUAUUGACUUGCCGGAUCCCACCCACUUUCCUCCGCCGUAUUUACUAAAUAGAGGAACGACGCCAAGAGUGCCAACCUUCGCGAUUAUGGGACCCGUUGCAAUUGGUCCUGGACAUGCGUCCUUAAGAGCCGCCAGAGCUGGUACUUCGGCAUUUCGGUCCCCUGCAUCAACGCACACGCCGAAGCAUCAGCGAAACGCUGCCUUCAACUCACUGGUCCAUAAGAUGCCUCUUCAAAUGUCAGCAGUCGUCUUCCUGUUGUUAAAUCUUGUCUAAUCUGUUACAGACAAGCGUUUGGCUUCUACCGCAGUACUACUGAUAUUCAACAGAACAGUAGGAUUUCUUCUUGCGCAACUCAAAACACAUGUGCCUUUUAUACUUUACAAUAUAGCUGAUUUGUUGUAUCUUUCUGCAGCAGAAAUAUUGUACAAAAUGUUGUAGAAAUUUCUUUUCAUUUUUUUCACAACACUCCCGAAAUUUGAUGAAACUAUCACUUCAUUGCACCUCUAGAGAUUCCCCGUG